AAAGCAGUUUACACACACACACACAUUGAAACAUUUGUAUUAAACACCACCGACAAAAUUUAAGUGCGAUUCAUAGUCAAUUAGAGUCUGGAAUCCAAUUACUUUCCACUGCAAGAGCUAAAUUCGAGCAAAACCCAGCUCAAAUUUCGAAUCUUUGUGAAGAACCCAGAUCUUGUAUGGCGAAGCACACGGCGGCGCUAAAAGUCGGGCUGGCUUUGCUGGCGCUAAGCAUGAUUGGCUACAUAGUUGGUCCACCGCUCUACUGGCACCUCACCGAAGCCUUGGUCGCUUCCACCUCUUCUUGCUCUCCUUGCGUCUGCGACUGCUCUUCCUUGCCUACUCUCACCAUCCCCAAAGGACUCAGCAAUGGAUCUUUCGCGGAUUGUGCAAAGCAUGAUCCAGAUGUGAACGAAGACACAGAGAAGAACUACGCCGAACUCUUAACGGAGGAACUGAAGCAACGUGAAGCAAAAUCGAUGGAGAAACACAAACGAGAAGACACGGCUCUGCUAGAGGCCAAGAAGAUAGCGUCAUCUUUCCUAAAGGAGGCAGAUAAGUGUAACUCAGGUAUGGAAACUUGUGAAGAAGCAAGAGAGAAGUCUGAAAAAGCACUUACAGAGCAGAAGAAGAUGACUUCUAUGUGGGAACUGAGAGCUCGUCAGAAAGGAUGGAGAGAUGGAGCCACCAAGUCAACUGUUAAAUCCAAAAGCAGUGUUCAGGCUUCUUAGAGACACCACCUAAGAUUUUGUUUCCUUAUCACACGAAAGAGCAUUUCAGUAUAACUGUGAAUUUGAUUUAUACUACUAUUGUCUUUUACUUUUCUGAUGGAGAUCAUUGUACCAAAACAACAAAGGAUUAAUAAAUUUUGAACAAGUUAUUACAAAUCAA